AUGUCUCAUCUGGAGAAGAUCCGUGCCUACCGGCACCUCUACCGCGAGCUCCUCCGGGCGGUCCAGUUCGCGGCGCCGUACAAGUAUGUCGUGCGGGACCAGCUACGAGCGGCAUUUCGGGAGAAGGGCGCCUGCUGGGACCAAGAGGAGUACAAACGGACCUUGUGGUUUCUGCAGGCGGCGGCGCGCGAGGCCGGGCUUGAGCACAAGAUCCUCAAGAACCUCAUCCACGUGGCGCAUCAGCGCCAGAAGACUGAGCCGUGGAAAAUUAGAUCCCGCAAGGUCGAGGAGACGAAAGAACCUGAUCUGCACAAGGCGGGCCAGGAGAUAACCUCUGCGGCCUUUGAUCACUAUGACAUGACGAUAGCCAUGCUGAACAAGACGAUGGGCAUCCGAUUGAGGUGA